CUCUCCCUCCCUCUUUCUCCACGGCAUGCUAGCUACCACAAGCUAUUGACCAGCAGAGAGACUUCAACUGAAAGCAGAUUUUUUUGAAUCUAUUCUCACCGUUCCCCACCAUCAAUCCCGGUCUUACAUUUCGCAGACCGACAAUUCGCAAGAAAGACCCCAAAAGGGUAGACGAGAGAGAAAACAGAAAAAUGGUCCACGCCGAUGCAUCCACGUUCGCCGAGGGCGUGAGCAAGGAGGCGGCGCUCCGGCAGGUGGUCGAGCAGGCGGAGGGUUUGAUGGAGGGGCAGAGAAAUUGGGUUGCGUAAGUGGACAUGAAAUGGCUUGAUGGUGAUCAGAAAGACAGCCACCGUAUCAUCACGUAUUUCCCAGUCCAUUCGUCUCUUUCAUCCUUACCUCUCUUUCCUCUCUUACGGCAAGGCAGACUGCGAUGUGUGAUGAGGAACAGGGAGAGGGGAAACCGCCUCCCCAAUAGCGAGCAGAAAGAGAGGACUGACAUUGGGACUUUUCCCACCUUCGCACACAGCAACCUGGCCAACGCAGCAUCAUUGCUAUGGCACGCCUACAAGAGCCUGCCGUCGCCAAGUAAGGAUGUGAACUGGGCUGGUUUCUAUGUCCUCGACCCGUCCUCGGCCCCCUCUCACCCGUCCCUCAUUCUGGGCCCCUUCCAGGGAAUGGUUGCUUGCCAGACCAUCGCCUUUGGCCGCGGCGUCUGCGGAACCGCCGCCGCCACCCAGCAGACCCAGCUCGUGCCGGACGUCGACCUGUUCCCGGGCCACAUCGCCUGCGACGGCGCUAGCAAGAGCGAGAUCGUGGUGCCCAUCACGGCGGACGUGGUGAGCCCUGAGGGCGCUGGUGGUCUGCCCCAUGUGGAGAAGAAGGUUGUGGGGAUCAUUGACCUGGACUGUGCUGUGAAGGAGGGGUUUGACGAGGUGGAUCGGGCCUGGCUGGAGAGGUUGGCGGAUGUGCUGGGGAGGGGAUGUGACUGGUGAUUGGGAUGGACGGUUAGUGAGGGGGGGGGGGGGGAAAAAAAGAGGAAAAGGAAAAGCACAAGAGCAUCACGAUGAUCUCUGAUAUGAGAAAGGAAAACAGAUUUUUUUGCUUGGCAGUUACAGAGUUAGCAAUUCUUAGGACACUCACUUCUCG